AUGAGUCGGUCGGUGCGGCGUCUGCCCCCAGCGGUAGACGCCGCUCUGGCAAGGGCAAGGGGGGCAAGGGAGCGGGUGGAGCUAGAGGGGGCAGUGGCGGCGGAGGAGGUGGGGGUGGCGGAGGGAGUGGGGGUGGCGGUGGAGGUGGUGGCGGGAGUGGAGGUACUGGUGGAGGCGGUGGAGGCGGAGGUGGCGGCGGAGGCGGUAGCGGAGGAGGCGGGGGCGAGGGUACCGGUGCUAGUGAGGCUGCUGCUCUAG